AGCUCAGCACAGCCAAGCCCAGCCCAGCUCCCAACAGCCGAGCCGGGCGGAGGGAGCAGCGCCUGCGGCACCGAGCCCCGUUCUCUGCCAUCCGCUGCCGGGCCACAGCGGCCGCACUCCGGGCUGCCGACCCCUCCGGAAUACAGAGGGAGAAGGAAGGCACCCGACCUUCGCCGCUUUCCGGGGACUACCCGAGAGAUCCGCGACAAGGACACAGGACACCACAGCUGCCGCCGCAGCCACCACCGCCGGCGCCGGAGGGCCAUGGCGAUCGCAAGGCAAGUGCUUUGUGUGUGUGCGUUGCUCUCCCUGCCGCUCGCUCGCUCGCAGCCCAUCCGCUACUCCGUAGCCGAGGAGGCGCACAGCGGCUCCCUGGUAGGCAACCUGGCGCAGGACGCGGCGCUGCCGCCGGCGCAGCUCUCGGCUCGCCGCGCCCGCCUGGUGUCGGAGGACGGCCGGCAGCAUUUUCGCUUCGACCGCGCCAGCGGCCGCCUCGUCGUGGCCGACAGGCUGGACCGGGAGCAGCUGUGCGGCCAGGCCGCCACCUGCACGCUCCCCUUCGAGCUGCUGCUGGCCGACCCGCUGCAGUUCUUUCGGGUCGAAGUCACCCUCGAGGACAUCAAUGAUCAUUCACCGGUUUUCCCCGAGGAAAGAGUCACUUUUAAGAUCCCAGAAAGGGGCGACCCGGGCUCUCAUUUCCAUGUGGAGGCUGCUCUGGACCUUGAUAUUGGCAGCAACAGUGUGCAGGCAUACAGCAUUGCUCCCGAGAACGAGUACUUUAGUGUCUCCUUUGGCAGUAGGAGUAAUGGGGACAAAUACGUUGAACUUGUUCUGGAAAAGCCCCUGGACAGAGAAGAACAUGCAGAGGUGGAUUUCAGUCUUAUUGCCGUGGAUGGAGGCUCUCCACCCAGGAGUGGGACCACCCAAAUCCAUAUUGUUGUUCUGGACGUCAAUGACAAUGCUCCUGUCUUCACACAGGAUCGUUACACUGGGCAGGUUUUGGAAAACACACUGGAGGGUUCUGUGGUUUUGACUGUAUUGGCAACUGACCAGGAUGCAGGACUUAAUGGGGACAUCUCCUAUCAGUUCAGCGAAGGAGUCAGUGACAGCGAGUCGCUAUUUGAGAUUGAUCCCAAGAGUGGUGAAAUCAAACUCACAAAGUCUCUGGACUUUGAGGCAGCACAGACUCAUGAGCUCAGUGUGAGGGCCACAGAUGGAGGGGGGCUCUCGGCAAUCUGCAAGGUGUUGGUGGAGGUGUUGGAUGUGAAUGACAAUGCACCCGAGCUGGUGGUCAGUUCCUUCAGCAGUCCCCUCGCCGAGAACUCAGCGUCCGGCACGGUGGUUGCCCUCUUUACUGUCAGGGACCGGGAUGCCGGCGCCAACGGCAAGGUGUCGUGUGCCCUCGACGAUCAGCUCUUCUUCUCCCUGCGGCCAGCCUAUAAGAAUUACUACGAGCUGGUGACUGUGAGGGCGCUGGACCGGGAGGACAGGGCUCAGCACAUCGUCACCGUGACAGCAGCAGACGCGGGGUCCCCUCCUCUCACAAGCACCCACACCUUCACCGUGGACAUCUCGGAUGUGAACGACAACGCCCCCGUCUUCAACCAGACAUCCUACACCAUGUACGUGCGCGAGAACAAUGUGCCCUCCGUGCUGGUUGGAGCCGUCAGCGCCGCAGAUGCCGACGUGGGGCUCAAUGCCAAGGUGACCUAUUCCCUGUCAGCAGGGCAAGCGGCGGAGCGGCCUUGGUGCUCGUGCCUGUCUGUGAACCCGGAGAGCGGGCAGCUGUUUGUGCUCAGAGCCCUGGACUACGAGCAGCUGAGGCAGAGCGAGGUGGUGGUGAGCGCCUCUGACGCGGGCUCUCCUCCCCUCCGAGCCAACGUCACCGUGCGCCUCGUGGUGCUGGACGAGAACGACAAUGCCCCGCUGGUGCUGUACCCAGCGCAGGACAGCAGCCCAGGCUCCAGUGAGCUGGUGCCCGUGGGGGCCGAGGCGGGCUACCUCAUCUCCAAAGUGGUGGCCGUCGAUGCCGACUCGGGACAGAACUCGUGGCUCUCGUACCAGCUGCUGAGGGCCACCGACCCCGGGCUCUUUGCCGUGGGGGCCCAAAGCGGCGAGGUGAGGCUGAGGAGGCCGCUCACCGACAGAGACCCCAUCAAGCACAAGCUCGUGGUGCUGGUGCGAGACAACGGGCGGCCGCCGCUCUCAGCCACCGCAGCUCUCAGCGCACUCCUGCUCAAGGACUUCUCCGACCUGCGCCAACCGCACAGCAGCCCGGCCGCCGACCACGACGCCGGCUCCCUCACCACCUAUUUAAUCCUUUCCUUGGUCUUCGUCUCCCUGCUCUUCCUCGGCUCCACAGCAGCCUUCGUGGCUCGCAGGCUGUGCCAGAGAAAGCAGCUGAAGGCUGGCCACGUGCUUUACGGGGCCGACAACCUGCAGAGCGGCCUGGCCGAUGCAGCUGCUGCAGGGACCCUGCCCCGCCCCUACUGCUACGAGAUCAGCCUCACCACGGGCUCGGGCAACAGCGAGUUCAGGUUCCUCAAGCCCUUCGUCCCCAGCCUGCCAUCACAGCCCUGUGCCAUGGGCGAGGGCACCGGUGAGGAACAGGUUUUCCCUUGUGUCCCUGUCCCCACAGAGGAUGUGACCCCAGAGAGUGCUGGGACUCUGUCUGCAGAACAUUUCAAUCGUCUUUCCUUUAACUAACAAGGGGUCAGCAGAACCAGAGGCUUCAUGCCUUGUGGUCAUAAGGGAUGCAGGCUGCAGCCUGUGGCGAUGAUUCCUCCAAAAUAAACCUGUAUUUCCAAUUAGCAUAACUGAUUUCCACAAAUUUUAAGUCCUAAAGUGCUUGUGCUCCCCUAGAAGCCAAUAAGUAAACAGAAAAAAAGGAAUAAAACACUUUGACUCUGACAUUCGUAUGUUUCAGUUCCUUCUGCCUAUUUCUGAGAGACAAAGAAUGGGGUUAGCAGAAAGAGAGUAGCUCUUGUCUCUCCCGCUGUCAGACAAGACUGUGGAUCUUUUAUUCUGUGUUAUAAGGACUCUUUCGUUCCGGGGUUCUGGAUGUCUCUGGCUGAGAAGUGUGGCCUCUGUGUGCUUUGUUGUCACUGUGUCAGUCAAUACAGACACCGUGUAUCUCCUAAUCCUCACUAGUGCUGCCCCUGGAACAGGGAGUUGCUCCCAUUCAGCCAUUGCAAUGCAACCAAUUCCAGCUCAGCAGGCAAGGAGGGUAUUUUGACCCUUUUAGCACAGCGGUCACAUCUUCUCCAGGGCAGGACAGAACAGAGCAACAAAAUGCACAAUAAGGUCUUUCUUUGGACGAUAAGAGUGGGUUGGGUGUUCUGUCUUCUUGCAGUACAGUAGCACAAACAGUGUUAGGUUAACCUCGAACUGUACAGAGUUGUGAAAGCAUGUUCAUUGUCUUUGAGUGCAUUGCAUUCAAACUCCACAUGUCCUUCAAAGAGCAUUUUCUAAAGGCAGAAUCAAGAUGAGCUUGUGGAAAGGACUGAGUUCUAUCUCCUCAUUGUUAUUUCUGAAUUCGCAGAACUGGGAAGCUGUCCCUGCAUGAUUUUCUGGGUUUGUGUUAGAGCAUUUGUAUUCCCCUUUCAUCUAUAGUAAUAGAUUCUUUGAAAGAGAUAUGUAAUAACCGGAAUAUUCAGAAAGCCCCACACUUUGUUGUACCGAAGCUGUGAACUGCAGCAUUGUAAGGGGGGUUACUCCUGAUUGUAAAAACUGAAAUAAUGUGUAGGACUGAAAUAAAGAGAGUACCCUAAUUCCGUAUGUAGAGACAGAA